AGUGCGAUAUAGUUUUCAGUUACAAAAAUGACUUUAUUGUCACAAAUUUUCACUACUGAGGUGAUAGGAGGCCUAGUUUUUGGAUUUUUGUGUCUGUACUUGUGGUUCCAGUAUAAGUACACUUAUUGGUCGAGAAGAGGAGUUAGCGGGCCCAAACCAACGUUUCCUUUCGGCAACAUUAAGGAUGUGAUACAAAGGAAGUCACAGUUUUUUCAGCCUUACAUUGACAAUUACGAUAAAUAUAAACAUUUGCCGUACGUGGGCAUGUACUCAUUUCACCGGCCAGUGCUAUCCAUCAACGACCCGGAUAUAGCGAAGCUUAUUUUGAUCAAAGAUUUUGAUCACUUUCAAGCCCAUGGAAUAUUUUCUGGUGGAGAGGGUGACCCGCUGGCCGGCCACCUCUUCAAUAUGCACGGCGAACAAUGGAAAAUGUUGCGAUCGAAAAUGUCCCCAACCUUCACGUCCGGGAAGGUGAAAAUGAUGUAUCCGUUGGUGGAACACAUUGCUAAUGAAGCUCUGAAUUACGUCGACUUGUUAUAUUCAAACGGGGAAACGGUCAACUUCACCGAGCUCUACGCGAAGUACUCUAUGGAAAUAAUUGGUAGUGUUGGAUUCGGUGUGGAGUGUAACGGAUUCAAGAAUCCUAAUUCAGAAUUCUAUCUUCGAGGAUAUGAGUAUUUUGAACCACAAUCUGGCUACUGGACUUUCGUUCGUGCUCUGGCAUUUUUUAUGCCCGAUUUUUUCAAGAUAUUGAAAAUCAGACGAAUAAGCCCGAGGAUAAUAAACUUCUUCUUCAGCUUAGUCAAGGAAAGUGUGGAAUAUAGGCAAAAGCAUUCCUACAUACGUAACGACUUUUUACAAACUUUAGUAGAAUUAAAGAAUGAGCAAAAGAUGAAAGACAAAGAAGGCGCGAAAUUCUCCUUCUCUAUUGAGGAUGUAGUGGCCAACACGAUGUUGUACAUGUUCGCGGGGUAUGAGACCUCAGCUACGGCGGGACAGUUCGCGGCCUACGAGCUGGCAUGCAACCCCCAUAUACAGGCCAAGGCGAGGGAGGAAGUGCGACGAGUGCUAGCCAAGUAUGACGGAAUAUGCACUUAUGAGGCGCAGAAUGAAAUGGUUUAUUUAAACAUGGUGAUUGAUGAAACAAUGCGGUUGCAUCCGCCAAUGCGUGCUUUAUUUCGAAGAUGUACGAAAUCCUACAAAAUGCCCAAUAGCGAUUUGAUCAUAGACAAAGGGACACUUUUGUUUGUCCCUAAUCAAGCGAUACAAAUGAAUCCGGAAAUAUUUCCUGAGCCACAGAAGUUCGAACCGGACAGGUUUGCGCCGGAAAAUAAAUCUAAAAUGCACCCGUGCCAUUGGAUGCCGUUCGGAGAGGGCCCGCGCAAAUGUUUAGGUCUCCGACAAGGCUACAUUCAAUCCAAGAUGGCGCUUGUUAAAAUACUAAACAAGUACGAGCUAAUACUGGACAAGAGGACUCCGGUGCCUAUGAAGCUUAAAGCCUCUUCGCUGGCUUACGCGGCGAACGGAGGCGUUUGGCUCAAACUCAGGCAAAUCUCGCAGGACUGACAAAAUAAGUAGAGCAAUAAUAAACUAAAAUAACCCGCGUCCGGAAUUAGUAGUAGAUAUUUUUAAAUGUGAUUUUUUAUGGCAACUAAA